AUGUUGUACAGUCGCAGCGAGGACGACGACCCUGGACGAAGUGGAACACUGCAAAGAACAACCAUUCAUGUGAGCGUUGCGGCGGACCCCACGCAGCACACAUGUGCCGUCAUCGAAACACCAAGUGCCACCAUUGCGGCAGGAAAGGUCAUCUGGCGAAGGUUUGCAGCAGUAGCCGCCCUCGAGAACGUGGUGCCUUUGCCGUCGAGGAAAUGGAAGCGUUUGCCGAAUGUUCAAGUGUACCUCGAGGACAUCAUUGGGGCGGAAAAGGAAAACGACGGAUCGGUACUGCGGCAGGUGUUUCAGUGGCUUCGUGAACACACCCUGAAGUUGAACAAAGCCAAGUGCCGGUUUAGGGAAGCACAAGUGUCGUUUCUGGGGCACCGCAUCGAUGCCAAAGGUCUUCAUCCUCUGCAAGAUAACCUGGAGGCGGUACUGGCCGCACCGAAGCCAACAUCGGCAAGCUUUUCUCUUAGCGCAGAGCAAUUGGCAGACAGCACGAGCGAGGACAUGCUCCUCCGACAGGUGAAGACGUGGAUCCUUUGUGGUUGGCCAAACCAGCUGGGGCCGGAGCAACAGUGCCUUCAGCCGUACUUCACCCGCAGAUCAACACCGACUCGAGAUGGCAAGUCGCCCGCGGAGAUGUUGCUGGGUUUUCAACCCAGGACCCGCCUAAGUGCACAUUUUCUAGAGGAAGAGGUGGCACGGGAUCCCACGGUGAGCAGUGUAGGAGUUGAGGAGGACGUCGAGAUGAAAAACUUGGGAGGUUUAUUUACAUUAUUUACAGUGAGCUCACCGGCUGCACACGAAGUGGGGUCCGCCAACUUGUUUGCUCGUGCCGCGCCUAGGGAAUGUGGCAUCCGUGCUUCUUCGCUCCUCAAUUCGAUGAGGUCUGGGGAACUCGAAGUAGGCACAGGUAACGGUCCCGUAUCUAACAGCAGACCCCCGGUACCAUUGCCACAAGUAUUUUCACCGGGAGCGCCUGUUUGGUCACGGCAGUACAAUCAGGCUUGCCAGAGAUGGUUACCCGGCACGGUUGCCUCAACAAGAGGUAGGCGUAUGGUCACGGUGGACACCAUAGGAGAGGUGCAGCGCCGUCACGUAGACCAAGUGCGGUAUAGACUCGACGCGGAUGUAGUAAAGCAAGAAUUAUACGCAACUCGACCUGGAGACAACCAAAUCAGAGAAAGUAAUCAACCCUCUGCAGUGGAAGACGCCGAACCAUCAUCAGACGGAUCACUUGGUACAUCCCAGGCUUCCAGUGAAGCAACCUCAAGUGUACCGGCGGGCUUAGGACUUUCUAGGUGUUCUACGCGCACAAGGAGACCACCCGACAGGCUAGGCUUCUAAAGGAGAAGUGCCGUAUCGCGUCAUUGCAAGCCCGCCUAUCGCAUCACGAAGUGCGCAUGCACCUACUGAUUCGCACAGAAUAAAAGCAGCCACGCUAUCUUCAAUAAACC